GAAACGAUGGAACCGCUCGACUGUCCGUUAAAAAAAAAAGUUAAAAAAAAAUGGGCCAAUUUUACGCCGAAUUCGAGCCGGUCUUGUGCCACGACGUGCGCAAGUAUACGAAGAAGUUGAAUGCCGAAUGCGUCGGUGUUCCUGACCCACGUGACAUUCUCGCUAAUCUUAACCUAGCGUACUCUGUCGCUCAUUUAUCAAAGCGGCUGGCCCGUCGUCUGCCCGACGUGCUGAAAGAUCAAGAUUUUUUUAUUGGCUGGUGAAAGGACCGCGGUCGGUACGAUUAUACGUACUUGACGAGGCCCCUCAUUUUCUUCCGAAUCGUUUAUUAUUAUUCAGUCACCUUUUGGUUUGCUCGUCACUUAGGAAGUGGUCCGUGCUCAUGAACGGCUAGUUGUCGCGUCGCGGCGGAGGAGGAGGGGAGUCUUUGACAUUUAAAAGAAUCACAUCUCGUUGGCACGAUGGCAGGACUCGAGGGAUACGAAAGAGCCUACGGAAUUCGUCCUUCCGAACCGUGGGAAGUCGGGUCUACAUUUCCAAGCAAAUAUCAUGGUCGUGAGGUUAUACGUCCCCUGGACAUACCCGUCGUUCAUCCCCUGGCAGAGGACAGCCCGCCCCCUGAAGAUGAUGUAACGGUCAAAAAAUAUGUCGGUUUGGGCUGCGGCUUGGCUAGUCUAAUAACUGAGAAUCUUUUGAUACACCCGUUCGUCGUUCUCCGAAGACAAUGCCAAGUGAACCCUGGCGCCGUGAAAUACCAUCUAGUUCCGAUCACAUUGGUACCUGUCAUAAUGCGCUUGCAUCAAACACAAGGACUCAACACGCUGUGGAAAGGAAUUGGCUCUGCAUUACUCGUUAGAGGGUUGACUUUGGCGGUUGAAGAUCUCGUAUCAAAGAUCACUCCUUGGCCAAAGGAAAUAACAUGCAAUAGUUCACUGCGAUCUUUCGGACAGCACCUCCUGCUCAAGUGCGUUUCAAUUGGGAUCGUUACCCCAUUUUACUCUGCUUCCCUGGUAGAAACUGUUCAAUCAGAAAUUGCAUCGGAGCGACCUGGGAUUCUGGACGUAUUCAGAGAUGGUGCUAUAAGGCUUUUGGAAGUUGGCAAUAAGGGGAGACUGAUUCCAAUCUACGCGCUUCUUCCACCAACGAUCGCCUAUGGUGUCACAAAGUAUCUUUUUGCUCUGAUAGUACGGGGAGUUACAAGCAGAAUAAUGCACGUCAGACAUAAGCACUCGCAACAAUUGAGAGGGGCAUACAGCAGGGAUUUGGUGUCAGAAUCGGUGGUACAAGAUAUCGAGCUCCAUUCGAUAGUUGUGUCCAUGUGCGCGGCGGACAUAAUUUUCUAUCCAUUUGAGACUGUGAUCCAUCGGUUACACUUGCAGGGAACUCGAACCAUCAUAGAUAAUUUGGAUACAGGACGAAGCGUUACUCCUUUGUUAACGGGUUACAGCGGAGCUAUAGAUUGCUAUCGUACAAUCAUAUCUACGGAGGGUCCUUUUGGUUUGUACAAGGGAUUCGGUUCGCUCAUUCUACAAUUUGCAGCACACGUAUUAGUUAUAAGAGCCACAAAAUGGAUACUCACCGAAUUGACAGGUGUAAUGCGACCAAAACCAAAGCCCAACAAGACACCUCCGCACAGUUACUACAGUGGAAUAUGAGACGAUCGUUAGUUUUCCCUUGCCUUAUUUUUUUGCUUCCAGAGAUCCUGACAAGUUCACAAUUUAUUAAUGUGAAAAUUUUCGCUGACGAAUGUUUCUUAUCUUUUCGGUUACAAAUAUUAAAAAUUGUCACAGGGAUAGUCGAUAUCGUCACUAAUCGGUACCAACAAGAGUUAUUUCGGAUGAGUGACGAUUAUCUGUUACAUAAAGAAUAGGUAGACAAGUAUUUAUUAAAUCGAUAACAUUGAUUGCUACUAUCUAAUAAUUGUAUAAAGUGUAUGAUUUGAUAAAGUAGUAUAUGUUUUUUGCAAACGAUAAACUUGAUUUAUUUUCGAAUUUUGAUGAACUUUCUAUACUGCGCUUGUCAAUUUCACAAGUCAGACUUUGGUCCCAACUAUUAAGAGCAGAAUCUAGUCAGAAAUUAGGUAAUGUUUUGUAUAUGAGUAUUUAAAAACUGGGAGUUUUAGUGGUGGCUUGUCUCACAUAUCUACUGAACUAUGAUCUCUGAUGAUGAACUAGAGGAUACAAAUAGGUAAAGUUUGUUCUAGAAUUAAAACGUAUCCGCAAACUUUAGGAAUAUUCUGUAAAUAUACAUAUUUUUAUUCAACGAUGAAAUUGUGCGUAUGCAGAAUUAAAUGGAAUAGAAUUUUAUCUUUGCCGUUAUACGACUUGUGGAGUAACAAGUAGCAGUGACGAUUAAAUAAACUUCUCGUCACAGUGAAAGCGUAGGUACCAAGAGAAUAGAACCUUUACAAAAUUAAUAAUUACUGGUAGGUAUUUAUGUACACCAAAACCAUGGAUUUGAAAAAUUCGCAGAAUAAAUGUUGAUGAUAAACAAUUA